CUGCAAACUCUGAGGAACUGGGACAACUGCAGAAUCAACCAUCUGGAAAAACGACUGUUUCUAAUUAUUCCCCCCUCUCGAACGGGGACUGUACUUUCGCUUUUCUGGCACGUUACGCCGCCUCUCUCCGACGUGGGCCCAGAGCGCUAACAGUCGUGGCUAAUCAAAGGCACUUGCAUGGAGAGACCGCGCUGGCCUCAGAGGAGCUCGACCCGGUGCUGGCCAUCCGUUUCGCCUGUGCGUUCUCUCUCUCCCUCCCUCCGUCUGUUCGGAGAAGCCGAGACUCCUGCAAGGCAUUCCACCUCUGGGCUAACACUGGGAACUAAACAUGCACGCGGAAGCUUUGGCCAACUCCGUCCUGGUCUCCUUGCUGCUGAUUCUGCUCUCGGCUGCGGAAGAAAGUUUGUCGCAAUCGUUGAGGACGGGUAGCGGGGCCUGCCAGCUCUCCGGGGAGCUUUCGCAGCGCCGCUGCCGGACCCCGGACGGGCUCGUCUGCAGCGGGACGGGGGAAUGCGACUGCGGGGUCUGCCUCUGCCCCGUCACCGAGCCGGGGAAGUACUACGGCCCGCGGUGCGAAUGCCACGACUGGGUCUGCCCCACGCACGGAGAGAAGACCUGCGGAGGUCACGGCACCUGCGACUGCGGGAAGUGCACCUGUGAGGACACCUGGUUUGGGGACGCCUGCCAGUACCAGAAAGAGUGCACCCUCUCCAAGAGGAAGAGCAAAGAGCUCUGCCGAAAUCCUCAAGGUGUGAUCUGCUCGAACGCAGGUUCCUGUCACUGCGGCAGCUGCAUGUGCCGUGACCCCGAUGGCAGAGGCCUCAUCAGCGGGCAGUUCUGCGAGUGCAACGACAGCGAGUGCAUAGACGAGGAGACCGGAGAGGUGUGUGGAGGCAACGGAAAGUGUUACUGUGGAAACUGUUACUGCGAGGCCGGUUGGCAUGGCGACAAAUGCGAAUUCCAGUGUGACAUCAGCCCAUGGGAGAGCAAGAAACGGUGCACAUCUCCGGAUGGCAAAAUCUGCAGCAACCGAGGGACCUGCAUCUGCGGGGAGUGCACGUGCCACGACGUGGACCCCUCGGGCGACUGGGGCGACAUUCACGGGGAGACCUGCGAGUGCGACGAGAGGAGCUGUCACUCAACCUACGACCGUUACUCGGACGACUUCUGCUCCGGUCACGGACAGUGCAACUGCGGGCGGUGCGACUGCAGGGAGGGGUGGACAGGCAAGAGGUGCGAGCAUCCGCUGUCCUGCUCCACGUCCCUGGAGGCCAGCGUGAAGCGCUGCCGCGGAACAUCCAGCAUGCCCUGCUUCGGGAGAGGACUGUGUGAGUGUGGUCAGUGUACCUGCCACCCUCCCGGGGACAAACGGGUCCAUGGGAAGAACUGCGAGUGCGACGACCGACAGUGUGAGGACCUGGAGGGACAGAUCUGCGGGGACCACGGGUUCUGCUCGUGCGGCCGCUGCAUCUGUAACGACGGCUGGUUCGGGAGGCUGUGCCAGUUCCCGCGCUCCUGCGACAUGAGCGACGCCCAGAGCAAGAGCCUGUGUGAGACCGACGACGGCACGGUGUGCUCGGGGAAAGGGUCCUGCCACUGUGGAAAGUGCAUCUGCUCUCCCCAGGAGUGGUACGUUUCCGGAGAGUUCUGCGAAUGCGAUGACAGGGAGUGUGACAAGCACGACGGCCUCAUCUGCACAGGAAAUGGCGUGUGCAACUGCGGCAGCUGUGACUGCUGGGAAGGGUGGAGCGGGAACGCCUGUGAAAUCUGGGUCGGGGCGGAGUACUGAACACCCCCCACCCCCCACCCGCCCCCCG